AUGGAGAGAAAAGUAAAGCCACGAAAGGCAAAAGGUAAAACAUCUGAAGGAAGAAAGUAACUUAGCACUGUGUUAGUGCUUCAAUGAAAUCUUGUCUACAUUGUGGGGUUACCUCUUAAUUUGGCAGAUGAAGACCUUUUCCAACGGAGAGAGUAUUUUGGUCAGUAUGGAAAGGUGCUGAAGGUGUCUAUAUCUCGGACAGCAGCUGGUGCUAUUCAACAUUUUGCAAACAAUACUUGUAGUGUAUAUAUUACUUACUCAAAGGAGGAGGAAGCGGUUCGAUGUAUUCAAUCAGUGCAUGGGUUUACCUUGGAUGGUAGACCAUUGAGGGCAUGCUUUGGAACCACAAAAUAUUGCCAUGCCUGGCUGAAAAAUGUGUCUUGCAGCAAUCCUGAUUGUCUAUAUUUGCAUGAGAUUAGCACACAAGAAGAUAGUUUCACUAAAGAUGAAAUAAUAUCAGCAUACACAAAUCUAGCUGAAAAUAUUCGUGGCACAGAAUUUCUAGGUUAUGACACACUUUCCACCAGAGCAGCAGUUGAGGCUCUCUUGGUGAAUGUGAAACCGGUGCUACAGGUUUUCGAAGGCAGCGAAGUGGAAGUUUUUUUCAAUAGGACACCAUUUUAUGCUGAAUCAGGUGGUCAAAUUGGAGACAAUGGUUUUCUAUUUAUUUCAGAACCUGGAAACCAACAGACUGCUGUUGUAGAGAUAAAAGACGUCAAAAAAUCCAUCGGUAAUAUAUUUGUUCGUAAGGGUACUACCAAGGAGGGAAGUAUAGAGGUUGGCGGUGAAGUGGAAGUUGCGGUAGAUGCAAAGUUGAGGCAACGAGCUAAGGUACUGGCUUAA